UCUUUUCCCUCCAGGAACGUCUCAGUGAUUGAUCCUCUCUCACGUUUAGACAUGUGCACCUGAAAGCCAGAAAAGAGGCUAGCUGCUAACAUACUGAGUCACUGUGUCAAAAAGAUUGCAUGUCUGUGCCUGCUCACUCUCUACUUCUCACUGUGUUACUCUCUCUCUCCCUCUCUCACUCUCUACUUCUCACCGUGUUACUCUCUCUCUCCCUCUCUCACUCUCUACUUCUCACUGUGUUACUCUCUCUCUCUCUCUCACUCUCUACUUCUCACUGUGUUACUCUCUCUCUCCGUCUCUCACUCUCUACUUCUCACUGUGUUACUCUCUCUCUCUCUCUCACUCUCUACUUCUCACUGUGUUACUCUCUCUCUCCCUCUCUCUGUUUCUGUUUCUCACUGUGGUUGGUUCAUGUCGAUGGCAGACAUUUCAUUUGGCUUAGGAUUACUCUGACAUAUUGACAGACCAGGAUUCAGUAAUUUAACACAGCACCAUGAGUGAGUCAGUAGAAUCCACAUCAUCACCAUCAUCACACCCUGUGGACAAAGACCAGUCAGCCUCCUGCCCUGCUGCCACAGCCCCUCGCAGACCAGUCCGGCUCCAGGAGAGACGGGGAUCCAAUGUGUCCCUGGUGCUGGGCGUGAGCAGUCUCAGUCUGGAAGCAGUGGAGACCCUAUGCUCCAUCUCCACUCCCAGAGAGACCAUCCUGCACCUGCUGAGGACCUCAACACGCCCUCUGACCCCCUGUCAGCUGCAGGAGGCGUCUGAAGAGACCAGCAGGCUGAACUCAGAGUACCAGAAAAUUCCUCCAAACUUUGUGAACCCUUCAGAGCUGGAUAUUCCCGGACGGGCUUUAAAAGACAGAUACAAGACCAUACUGCCAAAUCCUGAGACCCGUGUGUGUCUGAGGAACCCCGCAGCAGAGGAGGCGGGUGAGACUGAGAGAUACAUCAACGCAAACUACAUAAAGGGUUACAACGGUGCACCUAGCGCCUACAUCGCCACCCAGGGCCCCAUGCUCAACACCGUGCAUGACUUCUGGGAAAUGGUGUGGCAGGAGAGAUCCACCUCCAUUGUCAUGAUCACCAAGCUGAAGGAGAAGAAAGAGAAGUGUGAGCUUUACUGGCCAGAGAAGGAGGGCAACUAUGGCAGAUUUGAGCUCAGAGUGGCCAUUGUGAAAGAAUGUGAUGGCUACACAAUUCGAGACAUAAUUAUUCAGGUGGGCUCAGAGAGCAGGCAGGUGAGGCACUACUGGUACUCCACAUGGCCAGACCACCAGACUCCAGACUGCACUGGGCCUCUGCUCAGACUGGUGUCAGACGUGGAGGAACACAGGCAGUCCCACCCCAGCCUAGGAACCACCAUCGUCCAUUGCAGUGCAGGGAUUGGUAGAACAGGUUGUUUCAUCGCCAGCAGCAUUGGAUGCCUGCAGUUAAAACACACCAGUAAGGCUGACGUGCUUGGAAUCGUCUGCAAGCUACGCCUCGACAGGGGUGGUAUGAUACAGACCAGUGAGCAGUACCAGUUCCUGUACCUCACCCUGGCCCAGUACAGCCGACAGCUGGUGAACACAGACUGUGGCUCAGAGAGCCCUGUCCCUGUCCCUGUCCAGACCGGCAGUACUACAGGAGAAACGCGGUGACAGCGAAAGCCCAGCUGAAGCUCUGUCUUUCUGUAUGGGAGAACAAGCUUCUGGAACUCUGUCUUUCUGUAUGGGAGAACAAGCUUCUGGAAUUAUGUCUUUCUGUAUGGGAGAACAAGCUUCUGGAAUUCUGUCUUUCUGUAUGGGAGAACAAGCUUCUGGAACUCUGUCUUUCUGUAUGGGAGAACAAGCUUCUGGAAUUCUGUCUUUCUGCAUGGGAGAACAAGAUUCUGGAACUCUGUCUUUCUGUAUGGGAGAACAAGAUUUUGGAACUCUGUCUUUCUGUAUGGGAGAACAAGCUUCUGGAACUCUGCUCAUGUGCUGUCUGUGGCAAUCUCAUCCCCUUGACUGUGACAGUUACUGUAGCAUUUUUAUGGGCACGUGGAACUGGUUGGAAUUGUAUUGAAAUUCAUGAAUAAUCAUUUUGUCCAUAUUUGCUACCCUGAUAAUAAAUAUGUUAUGCCCUUGGCUUUAAUUAA